UCGUUAUGCUUUUGUUUGGCUUCGGACGGACGCCGGCCGGCCUGCGGUACAUAAAUAGUGGACGCCGCAGCUCCGCGCUGUAGUAACCACCAGAAUGCUUCUGCCACUGGCUGUGUUCUUUGCGUUCGGUCUUACCAACUUGCUUCACGCACAAGCGUCCGCUGUAAACACAACACUUCUCACGAGUCCAGUGGAGGUCGGCCUUUACUAUGAAACGCUUUGCCCGCACUGCCGGGGGUUCGUCAUCGAGCACUUGCUUCCGGCGUAUCUAAAAGCUCCAGAACGGAUCAAGCUUAAACUGGUCCCGUAUGGAAAUGCUGAGACGUUUGAAACGCCAGAAGGAUACAAUUUCUCUUGCCAGCACGGUCCACGGGAGUGCGAGGGAAACAAAAUCCACUCGUGUGCCAUAGACAUCGUCGAGGACCAGACCUCUUUGGUAAAGCUGGUGGAGUGCACGAUCCGCAACGAGACAGUUCCUGAAGCCAUUGGCGAGCAGUGCGCCGGCGACCUGGGGAUCAGCUGGCAGCCGAUACUGGAGUGCUCCAGAGGUUCGAGGGGCAGCCUGCUGCUGAAACGAAACGGGGACGUGACCGAAGAGCUGACCCCGCCGCUUCACGGCGUGCCCACGGUCACGCUCAACGGGAGCCGAGGAAACAAAACAGCAAUACGGGCAGACCUCUGGGGUGAAAUUUGUAAGCUGUUGUCGCCCAGACGGUCAAACAAUAGCUGCCCUUGCUUUGAGCUGUGCUGCAAUAUGUGAUAGUAAGGAUAACAUCCGUUUGCUAGUUGCUGGUGGAAUGCCUGUAAACGCACGAGCCAAGACUGGGUGGACUGCACUGCAUGUCGCGGCGAUCGUCGGGCGCCCUGCAGCGGUGAAAUGUCUGCUGGAGUGUGGUGCAAAUGUCAAUGCGAGGAGUGACAAGCAGGAGACACCCCUACACUUUGCCGCAUUGUAUGGCAGAGUAAAGGAAGUAGAGCUGCUGAUUGCUGCCAAAGCAGACCUGGAAGCAGCUGACGAGAUGGGGGACACACCCCUGCAGUUGGCUGCGGCAUGGAACCAUGAGCGUGUGGUGAAUGUGCUUCUGAAGGCUGGUGCGAAAAUGAGAGACAGGGGCUUCCAGGAAAGGGCUCAUACGUGCGUUAUGGAGGAUGUGAGCAACCUUCUCCUACAUCUUAAAUUGGAUGUAGGAGAAGAACAGUGAGGUACAUGCACACACAGUACAUGCACACAGCUCACUGAUACGUGUGAACAAUGGCAUUCAGGUAUUGUGGACAGAGAUGAGAAGAUGUUAAAGAGCUGAAUUUUUUUUCUGAACUGUGUCGUAAUAAGUGACUGGCAUCUGCCGCUGAUGUUCAUCUCAAUGUCAUUAAUAAUAAAUGUCAUUAAAUGUA